AUGGACCACCCAUCCAAACGCCGACGUUUGACCCCCUCCCCACCGCCCAUCUCCUCCCCCGCAGAAACCUCCUCCGACGAACUGGCCGCAGGCUCCGACCACGACCAGGAGCGCCGCCGCGUUAGUCUCAACGUCUACCCGCCGAAGCGACCCUACCAGCGCUCGCGCAGCUUCAGCUCUUCCGAGAGCCCCGAUGAACUAGCCAUGGACGCAGACGAUUAUUGGCGUGAGCGGAAUCGCAGGCGUGGGUCGUCGCCGUGGGCGAGGGGUUCACGGGGAUCACGGGGCGGAGGGGGAAGGUCGGGUGAUGAGAGUGAAGGGGAGAGAGAGGACGAGGAGGGGGCGGAGCGCGAUCAUGAUAACGACCACGAUAAGAUAGAGAUGAAUGGGGACUUGGAUGGGAUGGAUACCGGGAUGGGAGAAGGAUAUGAGGAUCGGUCGCCUACGCCUGUUCCACCACCGCCGCCGCCGAAGCCGGAUUCUGUGGAUUAUCGAGAGAAGUUUUUGCUCCGAGGGCAUUUGAGGGGCGUGUCGGCUGUAAGGUUUUCGCCCGAUGCGGGGAUGAUUGCUAGUGGGGGGGCGGACGGCGCAAUCAAGGUCUGGGAUACAUCUACGGGGAAAUUAAUACACACAUUCGAAGGACAUCUCGCGGGAGUAUCGACAAUCUCAUGGGCCCCUGAUGGGGCGACAAUUGCCUCAGGGUCGGACGAUAAAACGAUACGGUUAUGGAACGUCUUAACAGGAAAAGCACACCGAACUCCCUUCCUCGGCCACCACAACUACGUCUACUCCAUCGCCUUCUCCCCAAAAGGCAACAUACUCGCCAGCGGCUCCUACGACGAAGCAGUCUUCCUCUGGGACGUGCGGUCCGCGCGCGUAAUGAAGUCCCUCCCCGCACACUCCGACCCCGUCAGCGGUAUCGACGUCGUCUGGGACGGCACGUUAAUCGCCUCGUGCGCAACCGACGGCCUAAUUCGCAUCUGGGACACAGCAACAGGCCAAUGCCUCCGCACUCUCGUCCACGAAGAUAAUCCGCCCGUCACCGCGGUGAAAUUCUCGCCGAACGGUAAAUACGUACUCGCCUGGACCCUCGACGACUGCGUGCGACUGUGGGAUUACGUCGAGGGCCGCUGUCUAAAGACAUACCAAGGCCACAUGAAUCGGAAAUACAGUCUCGUUGGUGGAUUCGGUGUAUAUGGACAGGUUACACCCCGGAGUCCGGGCCACGCCUUCGCAGUUAGCGGAAGCGAGGAUGGAGCCGUGUUGUGCUGGGACGUCGUGAGCAAGAAGGUUCUACAAAGGAUCGAGGGCCACGAUGGGGUUGUCCUAGGCGUGGAUACGUGCACGACGAGCUACGGACGGUACCUGGUUAGUUGUGGUCUAGAUGGGACGGUGAGAGUUUGGGAGGAGAAACAGGACGGCGCAUCUGAAUCAGAGCCAGAACAGGAGCCAGAACCGGAAGUUGAGACGCCCAGUGCCGCUCUCAAGCAGGGGACACCCGGCCAAGGCUCGGAGAGGUCGCAAGACCAAGACGGCGACCAGAAAAUUGACCCUCAAGACAUUGAAAUGGGCGAGGCAGAGGCAGAGACAGAGGAACCAGAGAGCACGCCGGUAAAGCUUGAAGGGACGAAUCCGCCAUAG